ACAAACAGCUGAUAGCACCAUGACAUACAUCUUUACUUUGAUCAUUUAUUUAUUUUGAAUUUAUUUAUUUUCAAUUUAAAAACAAUGUUUUUAAAAUAAGUGAUAAAGCAAAUAGCUUUCAGGCGCUUACAAAAUGGUUCUACAAAAUACUGGGAAAUAUAGGGCAGAAUAUAAGAACGAUGCAAACAGACAGAAUGCUGGGACUUCGUUUGGACCACCAAGGGAGGAAUCUUCUGAAUCACGGAUUCGCGUGGCUUUGGACAACGAUAGAAUAGAUUCUAAAUAUGGAUUUGACAGAGUUCGAGAUGCUAAAGAACGGACAGGCUACCUGAUUAAUAUGCACACUGCAGAGGUGCUAGAUGAAGACAAAAGAUUGGUUGCAGCUAUGGAUUACUAUUUCAUUGAGAUGGACGGCUCAAGGUUCAAAGUGUCACUGACUUUCCACCCCUAUUUCCUAGUAUUGCCCAGGAAGGAGUGUGAACAGGAAGUUGUUCAGUACUUGUCCAAGAAGUUUGCCAACAACAUCAAUAAGAUUGAAAUUAUUGAGAAGGAGGACUUGGAUCUGCUCAACCACCUCUCAGGCAUAAGGCAGCGUUACAUAAAACUAUCAUUCAUAUCACAGAAUGAGAUGAUGAAAGUACGAAAGGAGAUAUUAACAGCUGUGAACAAAAACAAGGAAAGGGAGAAAAAAGAUGCAAUAUAUUCUGAAAUGUUGACAAAUGCACUAACAAGUGCUGCUGCAAUAGAACAUGCUAAGAAAACUACUGAUCACAUGGACAAUAUUUUAGAUAUAAGAGAACAUGACGUGCCUUACCAUGUUCGCGUCUCAAUUGACUUGAAAAUAUUCUGCGGUACAUGGUAUACGGUCAAAAGUAGGGGUACAGAAAUACCCAUCUUCACAAAACGAGAAGACAUCAUAGAACGACCUGACCCCAUAGUCCUAGCAUUUGAUAUUGAGACAACUAAGCUACCACUGAAGUUCCCCGACUCGCAGACUGAUCAGAUCAUGAUGAUAUCGUAUAUGAUUGACGCUCAGGGCUAUCUGAUUACUAAUAGGGAAAUCAUAUCAGUUGAUGUUGAGGAUUUUGAGUACACGCCUAAACCAGAGUUUGAAGGACAAUUCAUAGUUUUCAAUGAGCCAAAUGAACUGGCAUUGAUCCAAAAGUUUUUUGAUCAUAUCAUGGAUGUGAAACCACAUAUCUUUGUAACAUACAAUGGUGAUUUUUUCGACUGGCCAUUUGUGGAGGCGCGAGCGGCGAUCCUAGGCCUCGACAUGAAGCUAGAGAUAGGCUUCAGUAAGAUCACCGCUAGGGACGGUACAUAUGCCUGCCGACCAGCUAUGCAUAUGGAUUGUUUGUGUUGGGUGAAAAGAGAUUCAUAUUUGCCAGUCGGAUCUCAAGGUCUGAAGGCGGUAGCUAAGGCGAAACUGAGAUACGAUCCCGUAGAGUUAGACCCUGAAGACAUGUGCCGGAUGGCGGCUGAACAACCUCAGGUGCUAUCGAAUUAUUCAGUAUCCGACGCCGUAGCGACAUACUAUUUGUACAUGAAGUACGUUCAUCCAUUUAUCUUUGCGCUGUGCACCAUUAUUCCAUUGGAACCAGACGAGGUACUCCGUAAAGGCUCUGGCACACUGUGCGAGUCCCUCCUCAUGGUAGAAGCUUUCCAUGCGAACAUUGUGUUCCCAAACAAGCAAGUGGAGGAACUAAACAAACUGACGAGUGACGGCCACGUGCUUGAAACUGAGACGUAUGUGGGUGGACAUGUAGAAGCUCUAGAAUCAGGCGUUUUCCGUGCUGACAUUAAAUGCAAGUUCAGAAUAGCCCCCACAGCUAUAGACAAAUUAAUGGAAAACACAGAGAAAACCAUGAAACACGCGAUUGAGGUUGAAGAAGGCAUACCUCUAGACCUGGUGACCAAUUUUGAUGAGGUUUGCACGGAAAUAAAAGCGAAGUUACAGCACAUGAAGGAUCAUCCUAGAAGAGAUGAAAACCCUUUGAUAUACCAUUUGGAUGUGGGAGCUAUGUAUCCUAAUAUUAUUUUGACUAACAGGUUGCAGCCAUCAGCGAUGGUGAAUGCGAGCAUAUGCGCAGUGUGCGACUUCAACCGGCCCGGCGCUGACUGCCAAAGACAUAUGGAAUGGAUGUGGCGCGGAGAUUUCCUACCAGCAACCAGGAGUGAAUAUCAAAGAAUUCAACAGCAAUUGGAAACGGAGAAAUUCCCUCCUUUGUAUCCCGGCGGACCGCCGAGAGCUUUCCACACUUUGCCCAAAGAGGACCAGGCUGCAUAUGAAAAGAAACGCUUAGCGGACUAUUGUAGAGUGGCGUACAAAAAAACUAAAGUGACGAGAACCGAAGUGCGUACGACGACCAUUUGCCAGAAAGAGAACUCCUUUUACGUUGACACGGUCAGAGCUUUUAGGGACCGUCGAUAUGAAUAUAAGGCGUUAAACAAGCAGGCAAAAGCCAUGGUCACGCAAGCGGUCGCCAGUGGAGACGCGGCGGAAAUCAAAAGUGCCAAAAGUCGAGAGGUUCUGUAUGACUCGCUACAAUUGGCCCACAAGUGUAUCCUCAACUCGUUUUAUGGAUACGUUAUGAGGAGAGGGGCUCGGUGGCACAGUAUGGAAAUGGCGGGCAUCGUGUGCUACACCGGCGCUAACAUUAUCAUGAAGGCGCGAGAAAUUAUCGAGCAAGUUGGACGACCGCUAGAACUGGAUACCGAUGGUAUUUGGUGUAUUUUGCCAUCGUCGUUUCCCGAAAAUUUCACAAUUCACACUAAUCAUGAAAAGAAGAAGAAAAUCAACGUGUCCUUUCCGAAUGCUGUGCUGAAUGCUAUGGUUAAGGACCACUUCACAAAUGACCAGUAUUACGAACUGGUAGACCCAGUUACAAAAACAUACGAGAAGCGGUCAGAAAACUCCAUUUUCUUCGAAGUAGAUGGCCCCUACCUCGCUAUGGUGCUCCCCGCCUCGAAGGAGGAAGGAAAAAAGUUGAAAAAACGAUACGCUGUAUUCAAUUUUGAUGGCUCUUUGGCUGAGUUAAAAGGUUUUGAAGUAAAACGUCGCGGGGAAUUACAGCUAAUAAAGAUAUUCCAGUCUUCCGUAUUCGAGGCAUUUCUCAAAGGGAACGACCUAAAGUCGUGCUACGGCGCAGUCGCUAAAGUAGCCGACUAUUGGCUCGAUGUAUUAUACAGCAAGGGGUCUAAUAUGCCGGAUUCGGAACUGUUUGAGUUGAUAUCGGAAAAUAGAUCGAUGUCGAAGAAGUUAGAAGAUUAUGGUGGGCAGAAGUCCACUUCGAUUUCUACAGCGAAGAGAUUGGCGGAGUUUUUGGGUGAUCAGAUGGUUAAAGAUGCUGGGUUGGCUUGUCGGUUCAUAAUAUCGCGUAAGCCGGACGGUGCGCCCGUAACCGAGCGAGCUAUACCGUUAGCGAUCUUCCAAUCCCCCGCAGCAGUCAAGAGACAUCACUUGCGAAGGUGGCUAAAGGAUAACACUAUCUCUGAGGACAUAGACAUAAGAGAUGUGCUCGAUUGGGCGUACUAUAUUGAAAGGCUCAGUGGGGCCAUACAGAAGAUUAUCACGAUACCUGCUGCUUUGCAAGGCCUGGAAAAUCCAGUCCCUCGUGUCCAAUACCCUGAUUGGUUGCAUAAGAAAAUGUUAGCGAAAAACGACAAGUUCAAAACUAGAAAGAUCACCGAUAUGUUCUCUGCGAAACCCAAGGACGUUCCAAACGAAAACGAUGAAGAAGGAGAAACUUCCGAGACCAAUGCCUGUGUGAAUACGGAAGUAGAUAUAGAAGACAUCGGCAAGGAUGCUUCUGAGCCCCACGUUAUCCGACCCGUAGUGCAUUGCGUUAAGCGGAAACGUGAAGAGUCGCCGGUAAAAGAGGCCGCUACUUGGAAAGAGGCGUUAGGACCACCCCCGCCCUACGGCAAUACCAACGAAGAACGAAGAGCUUGGAUAGUAUUUCAAAAGAAAAAGUGGCUAUGGCAAAUGGAGCAACGUGGGCUCCGUAACAAGAAUAAACGAGGUAAAGUGGACAACAAUGCGCCCCUGAUGUCCAAGAGCGCUGGACCCACAAAUACGUUAGGAGGCUUCAUAAGGAGGGCUCAACGUACAUUGCUGAAUACGCCGUGGCAGAUUAUACAGGUGGCCGAAACGGCAGAGCCAGGCCUGUUCAGAUUAUGGGCGUUAGUGGGUACGGAGUUACAUCAAAUAAAGCUGACAGUGCCCCGAAUCUUUUACGUGAAUCGCCGAGUGGCCCGUGAAGAAGAAAGUGGCCCGUACUGGCGCCGCUGCAACAGGGUGCUGCCGCGAGCGAGACCAGCGCAGCAUCUGUACCAGUACACCGUGCCUGAGUCGCUGUACAGAGAGAGAUGCCAGGAACUCAUGAGCGAACUAUCAGCGCCAGAAAUUGAAGGAAUAUACGAGACACAAAUGAGUUUGGAAUUCAGAGUUCUUAUGCAACUUGGUUGUGUAUGUGCUGUCGAUCCGACGGAAGCGAGACGACUAGUACAGUUUGGGUCAAACAACAUGGAUUCCUACACACUGAGUCAACUACAGUUUAAAAGUGUAGCUCAUCAGCCAUAUUUGCAAGAACAGGAUGGGGUGUCACCAAUAAAACACAUUUUCCUAUACCAACACUCAGCUCCCAAUUCUAGUCGAAGUAUGUGGGCCUUAAUACUAGGCCCUGUGAAAAGAGCAUACAUAUUUGUACUGGAUACUGUGAAGACAAACCAAGUGCCCAAUAUGAACACUCUGUAUUCCGCUGAGCGAACUGCCAAAAUCAACUUGGGUACAGAUGAAAAUAGUCUGCCAGGUCAGGAUCUGAGUUGGGAAGUGUCGGCGGAGUCGGAAGGGCGCGCGGUGUGGCGCGGCGUGCAGCGAGCGUUGCAGAGGUACCGCGACGAGAGAUGCGGACCUACGGCUGUGGCGCUGCAGACUGCCUUGUCUCCGGCUGCGCUGAUCACGUUAAUGCCAGGUCUAUCAGACUUCCCAUUAGUUCCGUUGCACGUGCGUGACGUAGAAUCGCUGUACAGCACGCUGGAGUGGCAGCGUAUAGGCGCGCGGGCGAUCGUGAGGCAUUACCUCAACCUGGACUCUGUGAUAGACCUCACCAUUGAGCAGUGCAGAUACUUCCACUUACCGCUGGGCAAUACGGCGGCAGAUCCGACUCAGUUCGGCGCGGACCUAUUCUUCGCGCGACACCUCGCUAAGCACAACUUUGUGCUUUGGUGCUCCAGCUUAGAGAGACCAGAUCUUGGUGGAAGAGAAAUUGAUGACAACAGGCUAGUAAGCGAGGCAGAGGAGUGGUCGGGAUGCAGCCACAGUUGGAGCGGGGCGUAUGGCGGAGUUUGCGUUUCGUUGGACUGUGACGCGCUCGCUGUGUGCGCUUUACUACAGGCGCAUCAUAUAUUGCAGGUCGAAGGGACGAGUGUCGCUACUUCUUUCGGCGCUCAGCACACCAACAUACAAGACGUCAUGGCUACAACAGGUGCUAAUGCAACAGAGACUUACGACGAAACGGCACAGUGCAGCGCUGCGUUCAAAAUCCUACGUACAAUGAUCGCGUCUUGGUUACGUGACGUCACACUUUACAAGAACGUCUUCGCUGAUUAUCAAAUCUCACAUUUUUACAGAUGGCUAAAAACACCAACAUCACUUCUCUACGACCCGGCGUUACGACGCACUUUGUACAAUUUGAUGAAGAAACUGUUUCUCAUGCUGGUAGCGGAGUUCAAGCGACUCGGCUCGCAGAUCGUUUUCGCGGACUUCAAUAAGAUUAUACUUUUCACUAAGAAGAACUCUGUUAUGGAUGGCAUUGGUUAUGUGGAAUUCGUAGUGCAAAGCAUAAGAAAUAAAGAGUUAUUCCAUGGAAUAGACAUCAGAUACAAGCAGUGCUGGUCGUAUCUGCUGUGGCUAGACGAGGCCAAUUAUGCAGGGAUUGAGGGCAAACUUCCUCCGGGCCUGGUUGAAGUAGGAUCAUCUCAAGUUCCCAAUGCUACUGAAUCGGGGACAGAGGAGGGUGAAGUGACGAUGCACUGGAACAUCGCAAACUUCAUGCCGGGCGCGGUCCGCGAGGCGUUCUACGCGGGAGUUGCGGGAUUUCUCAGCGCAGCGCAGGCCGAGCCUGAGCGUCUACGCUCCUUACUAGCCGGAGAGAUAUCGCAGAAGCUAUUCCAGAUGACGGAAAAGAUCAACCGUCGUAUGCCGACGCUGAAGCUAGAAGACAUCGGUCCGCAAGCCGGCUUGCGUGCGGACGCGUUGGAAGGUAUCACGCCUGCCUUGCUAUUUGUUAACGCGCUCUGCAAAGUACUGGCAUUGGAUCAACAAUUGGAGGAUGAGGUAACAUUGCUUCGUCGCAAUCUACUCCGUCUAAUAGGAGUGAGGGAGUUCAGCAGCGCGGCGGAAUGGCGGGAGCCUUGCGCCUCUUGUGUCCUGGGGGAAGUGAUCUGCAAGGUGUGCAACCACUGUCGCGACCUCGACCUGUGCCGCGACACGCAUCGCCAGCACGGCGACCCCCCUGUAUGUCUCUGCCCUACCUGUGGUACUGCGUACGAGAACCAAGAGUUGGAGUGGAGGCUGAUUGAAACAAUGAACAGGCGAGCCAUGACUUACACUUUGCAGGAUCUUAUCUGCACUAGGUGUCGGCAGGUUAAAAGAGAAAACUUAUCAGUUGUGUGCGACUGCGCAGGCGAAUUCACUACUAUAGUACCAUUCGAUGAAGUCAGAACGCAGCUGGCGACGUUCAAGACGAUCGCCGAGUAUUAUAAGAUGCCUUUAUUAUUGGAACUCAUUGAAUUUAAUUUAAGUAAUAUGUGAUAGUAUAAUUAAGUCAAGUAAUUUUAAUUAGUAAAUAAACAAUUUAAAUAAUAUC